CGUUGUGUCGAAAACGUGAGUAUAGUUUUGCUUUAUUUUGCCUUUCAAACUUGUAAUUUCUUAACAAAACACUCCUGUGUCACUGUUUACUAUGUAAGCUUCAAUUUUAGAAUCUCUAACGGCACUUUUUGAUCGGAUUCUCACAUUUUUUCGACUCUAGGCCGCACAUGGAAGCGUCAUCAAAGAAACAGCAAGCCAUGGAGUGGACCGACGACCACGACAAUUUGCUACUCCGAGAAAUGGCUGUUAGUGAGCUUUUCAGCUACAAAAAAGGGAGUCCUGAUCGUGGAAAGGUUUGGGUAAACAUCCAAGAAACGCUAAACUCGAUAGAAAAUCAAAAAUUUCUGCUGAAAGACAAGAGAGCCGUCCGUGAUCGAUGGACCCUUCUUCAAACCAAAUUCAAGAAGCGUAUAAGGGCAGAAGAAAUGGCGAGUGGUAUUAAUUGUGAGCUUUCAGAAAAGGACAGUCUUAUCGAAGAACUAUGCGAGAAAGAAGAAAGCCAGACAGCCAACAACAAGAAGACAGAGGACAAGGCAGCCGCCGAGGAUGUACGCAAAAAGGCGAUGCAGAGAAUGGGCGGUGGAAAAAGGAAAGCUAAAGCAGACGGCGAAAGUGAUGAAGCUUCUACUUCGGGGGGUAAAAAGAGUAGGCGGAGUGGAGGAGAGGUUGUUUCGUUUUUACGUGAAAAGGCCACAGCUGAACAACAGUCCCGAACGGAGCAAGCCAGGCAGCAAAGUCUUUAA